AUGCGGGCCGAGGGCGCAGAGCCGUCUGCGCGCUCCAAGAAAAAGACCCGGAAAGGAGGCGUCGGUUUCUUUCCUUCCUCCGAGAACCUGCCCCCAGCCAACUCUUGCCUGCAGAAACUCCUCCACUUCAACCUGUCCACCACGAUGAAAGAGACGGGGCAGCUCACCAUGGCCCAGCUGGGUCUGCACUUGGGCCCCAACACUUACUACCCUUUGGGCCCAGAACUUGAACUGGGCCUGUCUUUGGUCCAGGAGCCUCCUGACGGGGGUCCGGCCACUACUAAAACGUUGGCAUGGAUGUCGGUGCCCCGGCCCCAAGGGGAGCUUCACUUCAAUAUCCUGGGGGAGGCGAAACGCGGGACUCGCACCCCGCUGAGAAACCUCAGCUUGUACCUCCAGGUGUUGGUCAGGGAUGCUGGGGACGGGGGGAUGAAGUUUCCCGCGGACGCCACGUGUGAGAGGCUGAAGCGUUCCCUGCACGCGUACCUGCUGAUGGUGGUCCUCAACCCGGAGCAGUGCCCCCCGCCUUCCAGGAAGAGGCGGGGAGCCCUGCCUGCCCCCAAGGCUGCCUGCAAGAACCUCUGCCACCGUCACCAGCUGUUCAUCAACUUCCGGGACCUGGGUUGGCACAAGUGGAUCAUCGCCCCCAAGGGGUUCAUGGCCAACUACUGCCACGGGAACUGUCCUUUCUCCCUGACCACCUCCCUCAACAGCUCCAAUUAUGCUUUCAUGCAGGCGCUGAUGCACACAGUGGACCCCGGGGUCCCCCCGGCCGUCUGCAUCCCCACCAAGCUCUCCCCCAUCUCCAUGCUCUACCAGGACAACGAUGACAAUGUCAUCCUCCGGCACUACGAGAACAUGGUCGUGGAUGAAUGUGGGUGCGGGUAG